AUGGGUUUUCAGAAUGCAGUGGCCAAUAGGAAUGGAAAAAUAUGGUGUUUUGGGGAAAAUAUACUAGACUGUUCUGUUACUUCCAACAGCAAUCAACAAAUCACGAUGAAGAUCAAGCAGCUGACCACUAAUAGAACCUUUUGGUUCACAGUUGUUUAUGCUAAGACUACAGCCAGGAAAAGGAGGAAACUAUGGCACAAGCUUAGACAGAAUUCUUCUCUAAUAGAUGGGCCUUCGGCUGUCCUAGGAGACGUCAAUGUGAUUUUGUCUCCCAGUGAAAAGAAAGGGGGUACACCUCAUAGAAUGAGCCAAAGUAUGGAUUUCAUCACCUGCUUGGAUGAUUGUGGUCUAGUAGAUGCAGGGUACAGCGGAAGUCCCUUCACUUGGACCAAUGGUAGGCAAAAAGGCAACAUGAUAUGUAAAAGACUAGACAGAGUUCUAUACAACGAGGAGUGGAAUGAAAACAUAGGCAACAGCAUGGUUAAGCACAAAGCUAGGACAGGUUCAGACCAUAAUCUAAUUUUAUUUGACUGCAAAGAAGUUACUAACAAUUCUGUGAGCUAUUUUAGGUUCUUGAAUUUCUGGACAAUGCAGCCAGAUUUUCAACAAAUUGUCCAUAACUCUUGUAUGGAGGAGGUGCAAGGCAAUGCUAUGUGGAUCCUACAAGAGAAGCUGAAAAGACUAUCCAAAGUAUUAAGUAGAUGGUCUAAAGAAGUCAUUGAAAAUGUCUUUGAAAAGGCCAAGCAGUAUGAACAACUUAUUCCUGACCUUGAAGACAAAAUGGACAAUGAUGAUUCUGAGGAAAACAGAAAAGAACUGAAUAGAAUCAAUGCUGAGUACAUUAAAUGGGCAGGAAUACAAGACAACAUGUUACAGCAGAAAGCUAAUAUCCAAUGGAAUGAAGAGGGAGAUGUUUGUACAAAGUAUUUCUUCAGUUCCAUUAAACACAAGAGAAGAAAGACUACUCUUAAUAGAAUAAAAAACUCUGAUGGAGCCUGGGUGGAAGGAAAUGAGGCCAUUGGAGAUGCGGCAGUCCAAUAG